AGUCUACCAAAUGUAUAAUUCUGGUGCGCGUUCCCGAUCCCCUGUCCUCGCUCCCAAAAGCGUCUCCAGUUGCUGCGCUGGCAUCUGGCGCGCGACGCAUCAAACAAUCUCGGAGGCGUCACGUGAUCAACGAAAGAACUAUUCUUUGAAAAUGUGCAUUUAGAAAAGUCCUGCGCUUAUGACUGCUCUACAAAUCCACCAAACAUGGCUGAUAUGAAGAAAGGUUAUGUAUUUACUAAUGUAGCGCCUUUCAGCGAGCUGGAAAAGCUUUUCUGAAACAUGCACACGCAGUAGUGGAUUGCAGCAGCUUUAAUAGUGGAAGCAGAUGUUUGGAUCUGGUUGCAUUCCUGUCUUGUCAUUGCUCUGCUGGUACACCUUCAACUGGAAGUAUGCGGUCCUGGCUUUAUAUGGAGCAUAACUUUGGUCAAGUAAUAUCCUGUUUCUCCUGUUGUUUCGUGACAUCCAGGAUGACUGUGAAUUUACUAUGACUGUGAGAAAAUCCAAAUACUUUGGGAAGAGUAUGAGACUUCAACAGAAUUUCUUUGGAAGAAUAACACUGAAACCUGUCACACCAUGAGAAGGGUCUAUAUAAAGGGAGAUGUUCUUUGCUCCUUGAUUCUGCUGGUGCUUCUGUUAAUGCUGUUAUAUGCACAUCAAAGAAUAACGCCUGUAUGGGGGACUUUGCACAUUGAACAGGGGUCCACCUGGUCGAGACCCCUUCUCAGUGGAGCAUCAAUGGGACAUCAAACAAAGCCAGACCCUUCAAAAUAUCCAGUCAUACCUCCUUGCAAACCUGAGGUUCAGAUCAAGCCUAAAGCACAAGGACAAUCAAAGAUAAAAUCUCAAAAAGCACGUAGCAAAGCAAAGUCUAAAUUUCACCAGCCCUCAACAACAGCAAGUCUGCAACCAACACAUGCUUCCUUUGAUUUUGACGAUUACCUUCAAAAGAAAGACCAACGGGACUUCAAACUGCUAAUUGAUCAACCAACAAAGUGUUCUGGACCAGAAGGAGCCCCUUACAUGCUGAUCGCCAUAAAAUCAAUAGCAAUGGACUUCGACAAACGUCAGGUCGUUCGACGCACAUGGGGACAAGAAGCUGUGUCCCAGAAAAAUAUGAAUGUCAAGAGGGUUUUUCUUCUUGGUGUGCCCCAAAAUCAAACAGCGCUUCCAUUAUGGGACAAACUGUUGGAAUACGAGAGUCUGACUUUUAGCGAUAUCCUCCUAUGGGACUUUGAAGACACUUUCUUCAACUUGACACUAAAAGAAAUCCACUUCCUACAAUGGAUCAAUGUGAGCUGUCCCAAAGUGAAGUUUAUUUUUAAGGGUGAUGCAGAUGUUUAUGUGAACAUUGACAAUAUCCUGGAGAUGCUUGAGGGUCAAGAGAUCAGUAAGGAUCUUUUUGUUGGCGACAUCAUCGUCAAUGCCAAACCAAUACGCAGACGCAACAGUAAGUACUUUGUCCCAGAGUUUAUUUAUGGCCAAGGGAUCUACCCAUCUUAUGCGGGUGGAGGUGGCUUUGUCAUGUCAGGACAUACCGCACUGAAGCUCCACCUCGCCUGCCAAGAGGUGGAACUCUUCCCCAUUGAUGAUGUGUUCCUAGGCAUGUGUCUACUGAGGAUUGGCCUUCAGCCGACUCGUCACGAGGGCUUCCGCACCUUUGGAAUCAUAAGACCGUCUGCUGCACCCCACCUCCAGGUCUUCGACCCCUGCUUCUACAGAGAGCUGAUGGUGGUGCACAGCUUGACGGUCCCACAGAUCUGGCUCAUGUGGAGCCUUCUUCAUGACCCUAACCUUCAGUGUCAUCGCAGUCAGGAUCCCACCGUUUUUCCCUUUCAGUGGAGCAACAAGAUUGGGAAGACAGAUGAGAACAAGGCAAAGGAGAAGCUUAGGAACAACGACUAUGGGAUGAAAGUGUUUGUGGAACAUUAACUCCAAGAUAAUGAAUGUACCUUGAAAAUAAAACAUCAAACCAUGGCUGUGAGAAAAUCCCUUCCCUCAUUUUGAUUUAGUUAAAUCAUGGCCUUGUUUAAACUAAAUUGAGGUUAGUACAAAAUGGCCACAUUUUCACUAAAACGAAAUAACAAUUAAUCACAAAUUAUUAAGCUGUGGGAACAAAUUCUUAAAUUUUAACUACGUUUUAUUCAGUUGUUCCUUUAUUUUAGUUCAAUCGUGACCUCAGUUUAACAAUAACAAUGAGGCAAUGGAUUAGUACAACUUGGCCAUGAUUUAUCUAAAAUCAAGGGAUGAGUUGUUGGAACUAUUUCUUUAUUCAUGGCCAAAAUAUAUAGUUUUUCCCUGCAUAUCUUAUGCAGGCUUCCUUAUAUGAUUAAAGACUGCUCUUUUCUAUACAAAGUGUUGUCUAAUGGUCCUUGAUGGCCAUACUCUAAAAAGUGAUUUGUUUAUCACCUCUUAUGCUAUAUUCCAUGUUAUUUGAAGCAAUAAAGUAGCUUUGUGUGAGAUGUUUAAGAUCUCCUUCAAGCCAGAAAUUGGAAGUGAUCUGUGUUAACACACGCAAUAGCUGAAUGUAUAUGAACAUUUCAGGUUUGGAACAGCAUGAAGAUGAGUAAAUGAUUAUUUUAGGGUGAACUAUCCAUCUAAAAGAAAAAUGCAAAAUUAAAGAAAAAUAAAAC